AUGACGCCCAAGUUACUCGUUGAUGAAGGGCAGUUGUUUCAUGACAUUCACUUGUAUAGAAGUAUUGUUGGUGGAUUACAGUAUGGUAGGAUGACAAGACCGGACAUAGCUUUUGUGGUUAAUAAAGUUAGCCAAUAUAUGAAUUGUCCUAGGGAUGCGCAUUGGAAAGCUGUCAAAUAUAAUCUUAGGUAUUUAAGCGGUACUGUUGAUUAUGAUUUAGUGUAUCAUUCUUUUGAAAUAGUUGAUCUUGUUUGCUAUUCGGAUGAGGGUCGGGUAGCGUCGAUUGAAAAUAGACGCUCAAGUAUUAGUUACUGCAUUUUUCUCGGGGGCUACCUAGUAGCUUGGUGUUCGAAGAAGCAAAGUGUGGUGUCAAGGUCAACUUGUGAAGCCGAAAUAGGAGUGUUGCUAACACAGUCUCUGAAUUGGUCGAGUUGGAGCAACUUUUGGCUGAGAUUGGUGUGUCUAUUGUAG